AUGCAAGGUGCUGGCCAAGAAGUAGGAAGGUCGUGCAUUAUUCUGGAGUUUAAAGGAAGAAAAAUAAUGCUUGAUUGCGGAAUCCAUCCUGGACUGGAAGGAAUGGAAGCUCUUCUUUUUUACAUUGAUUUGAUAGAUCCUGCUGAGAUUGAUCUUCUCCUAAUUAGUCAUUUCCAUUUAGAUCACUGUGGGGCUUUACCAUGGUUUUUGCAGAAAACAAGUUUUAAAGGAAGGACAUUUAUGACUCAUGCCACAAAAGCUAUUUACAGAUGGCUUCUUUCAGACUAUGUCAAAGUCAGUAAUAUAUCAGCGGAUGACAUGCUAUAUACAGAAACAGACCUUGAAGAAAGCAUGGACAAGAUCGAGACCAUCAACUUCCAUGAAGUGAAAGAGGUGGCAGGAAUCAAAUUCUGGUGUUACCACGCAGGCCAUGUUCUGGGAGCAGCCAUGUUUAUGAUUGAAAUAGCUGGUGUGAAGCUUUUAUAUACAGGUGAUUUCUCAAGGCAGGAAGACAGACAUCUGAUGGCAGCUGAGAUUCCCAAUAUUAAACCUGAUAUUCUUAUAAUUGAAUCCACAUAUGGUACUCAUAUUCAUGAAAAAAGGGAAGAGCGAGAGGCAAGAUUCUGUAAUACCGUUCACGACAUUGUAAAUAGAGGAGGUAGAGGUCUUAUUCCUGUGUUUGCCCUGGGUCGAGCUCAAGAACUACUUUUGAUUUUAGAUGAAUACUGGCAGAAUCAUCCUGAACUCCAUGAUAUCCCUAUAUAUUAUGCCUCCUCUUUGGCAAAGAAAUGUAUGGCAGUUUAUCAGACGUAUGUCAAUGCCAUGAAUGACAAAAUCCGCAAGCAAAUCAACAUCAACAAUCCGUUUGUUUUCAAGCAUAUUAGUAAUCUGAAGAGUAUGGAUCAUUUUGAUGAUAUUGGCCCAAGUGUUGUGAUGGCUUCCCCAGGUAUGAUGCAGAGUGGCUUAUCCAGAGAGUUGUUUGAGAGCUGGUGCACAGAUAAGAGAAAUGGAGUAAUUAUAGCAGGGUACUGUGUUGAAGGAACGCUUGCUAAGCACAUCAUGUCUGAACCUGAAGAGAUCACAACUAUGUCAGGACAAAAACUUCCACUGAAGAUGUCUGUGGAUUACAUUUCUUUCUCUGCUCACACAGAUUAUCAACAAACUAGUGAAUUUAUCCGGGCCCUGAAACCUCCACAUGUGAUUUUAGUUCACGGUGAGCAGAAUGAAAUGGCCAGAUUGAAAGCAGCAUUGAUACGGGAAUAUGAGGAUAAUGAUGAAGUUCAUAUAGAAGUUCAUAAUCCUAGGAAUACUGAGGCUGUGACAUUAAACUUCAGAGGAGAAAAACUUGCCAAGGUGAUGGGAUCUUUAGCAGAUAAGAAACCAGAGCAAGGACAGAGAAUUUCUGGAAUCCUAGUUAAAAGAAAUUUUAACUAUCACAUCCUUUCUCCAUGUGACCUCUCCAAUUAUACAGACUUGGCGAUGAGCACUGUAACACAGACACAAGCCAUUCCAUAUACCGGCCCUUUUAAUCUGCUUUAUUAUCAGCUACAAAAACUUACUGGUGAUGUAGAAGAAAUAGAAAUCCAGCAAAAACCAGCCUUGAAGGUUUUCAAAAAUAUUACUGUGAUCCAGGAACCAGGCAUGGUAGUCCUUGAGUGGGUGGCAAAUCCUGCUAAUGAUAUGUAUGCAGACACCGUGACAACAGUGAUACUGGAAGUUCAGUCAAAUCCCAAAAUACAGAAAGCUGCAGUACCUAAAAUUUCAAAAAAAGUAGAUAUGGAUGUGUAUAGGAAGAGAAUGGAGAUCAUGCUUCAGGAUAUGUUUGGAGAAGACUGUGUGAGUUCAAAAGAUGGCUCUGUCCUGUGCGUCACGGUUGAUGGAAAGACUGCAAACAUUUCGCUGGACACUCGGUGUAUACAUAGUACAGAAAAAUACAGGACUGAUGAAGAGAGCUCUUGCAAUAGAGAAGAAAGUAACAAGACUGGAAAAAAAUGCAUACUGCUUAAUCAAAAAACAGUUGACUGUGAGCCAGGAAGCGAAGAUGACGAAUCCCUUCGUGAAAUGGUGGAACUGGCUGCACAGAGGCUUUAUGAUGCCCUCAGCCCAGUAUACUGACCUCUGUAGAUACCUAGGACACGUCAGAAAAAUCUUUUAAAUGUUCAAUUUAUUUGGACUAUUUUUUAAGAGUAAAUAAAUUUUUUUUCUUCAGUAAGUCAAACGUAUCAAUUCUGUGAUUGUGAAACUGCUGAGUUAUUUCAAAUAAUGGAUGAGCAACCUUAUAGCAACUAUGUUUGUGCAUAUAGAUCAUAAUAAAAUCAGGCAAAGUGUGC